AUGGAGGAAAAUGACCAAGAUCCGUCUUUAAAACAACUCACUGCCCAACACUGCCCUUCUCCGCGAAUGCGACACUGCCCUCACGUUCGCGAAGGCCAAAAAUCAGCUUCGAACAAAUUCCUCUUUCGCGAACGCGAGACCCGACUUGCGAACACGAAAUUCACGGAACAGAAAACAGCUAUGGAAUUGCUUGAACAAUAUAUUAAAUUCCAACAAGGAGCAAUUGAAAAUGAAAAAAAGAAGAAAAAGAAAGAAAAGAACCCCUUGAAACCAAAACAACCAGUGUCAGCAUUUUUCGUGUUUACAAAAGAGCAUCGCAUUGCUCUACUUACUGAGAACAAGAAUGUGAAGGAGGUGGCAAAGAUUACAGGCGAAGAAUGGAAGAACAUGACAGAGAAACAAAAGCCGCCUUAUGAAGAGAUGGAGCAAUAUUUGCAAGAAAUGGAAGUUUAUAAGAAGAAAAAAGAUGAAGAAGCUGCUGAACAUUUGAAGGAAGUGGAGGAACUGAUGAAACUUAAGAAGCAAGAAGCACUUCAAUUGCUCAAAAAGAAAGAAAAAACAGAAAAUUUAAUCAAGAAAACGAAAGGAAAUCACCAAAAGAAGAAACAAAAGCAAGAGAAAAAUGUGGAUCCUAACAAACCAAAGAAGUCUGCUGGAUCAGUCUUUCUUUUCAGCAAAGAGGAAAGGAAGAAACUAGGAAGAGCGACCUGGAAUCAACAAUUCUACCAUUACUGCUCUCAUUUCUCUGAAAUGGAAAGUAAGCUCCGUGCAGUGUAUUGA